GUGAGGCUCACUUGUAAAUUACUUAGCAACACUGCUGAGUCAGAUCACAUCAAAGCCUGAUAGAUACCUCAUUUGAAGCCUCUCAUUGAGACAACAAAAGAUUCAAGAAGGGCCUUUCGAAUCACACAAUUCUUGCUUCAGAUGUGGAAAUGGCCGCCGAGAACCCCACAGAGUCAAUCGCAGAUCGCGUAGCCCAGAGUCUGGCCGCAUUUGAAGCAAUCAAUACGGUUGAGAUCCAAGCAGAGCUUGGCGAUUCAGAAGUCUCUGGGGUGCAAAUGAUAGGGGACCAACUGUCAAAGUUCAAGCUAUGGGCCGGCAAUAUAGCAGCGCAUCGAACUGGACGCAGUUCUUUAGAUUAUCGCCUCCGAGACUCGUCUCACCUCCAUGCACAAGUGAUGAGGUUGCUUGCCGAUUUAAUCACCUCACUGCAUGAAAUGCAUUCAAUACUAUCCGGAGAAACACUUCCGUGGGACCAGGACCAUGGGGAAGCUAGUGAACUCGACGAUGAACUCAAGGAUCUCCUUGCCAACGAAGAUUUCGAAUUCAAUUCAGAAUUAAGCCAGUUGACGAGGGAAAUUACUGACACCGUUGGUAGUUUGCUAAGACUUUCAAUAUCGCUUCGAAACCCUGCGCCACACGACCGCUUCAUGUCGAAUGAGUACGCAAAGGUGCACUACUUUGAAGCAAAUGAUAAAGCUCAUGUGGAAGCUAAGUUUCCAAGCCUAAGUCAAACUCUGGUUAAAAGGUUGGGCCAAGCACUAUCCAUGAGGCGACAGUAUUUCAGGUACCGGAAAUCCCAUCAUGAGAAACUGGCUCGCGGCUUGUUCGAUUCCGGGCGGUCCGAAGCUGGUGCACAGAGCACGAUUGCAUCAUCUAUUCCCAUAGCAAUGAGAGUUCAUGGAGCUUUACCAUCAUUCGGAGAACUAGACGAGGAUGAACGUUCCGAUACGGGUUUCUCUCAAACUUCUUUCGCUACCACUGCUCCAGAGUCUAAUCAACUCAGAAUACCCCCUUUACCAAGAAGAGCCUAUGAUGGUCCAUUUGAAUGUCGAUUCUGUUUCAUGUUGAUAUCAGUUAGCAGUACACAUCAAUGGAAGAAACACGUUCUCCGCGACUUACGGCCAUACAUUUGUCUGGCCGAAGACUGUACAACAGCUAGUAGAGAAUACAGUCGCCGCCACGAAUGGAUGUACCACAUGUUCCAGAAGCAUUGGAAAAGUUGGACAUGUCCAUAUCAAUGUGGAUUAGAUAGCACAACGGAAUUAAACUUGCACCAGCACAUUAGCAGAAUCCACGGGUCAAAAACGGACAUGGAAGUCGAUGCGCUGAUUGCGAAAUGCAGUCGAACUCUAUCAAUAUCUCCAUCUUCUCCUGUCGAGUGUCCCUUUUGCCAAGUUGCCCUGGAAUCCAGUGCGCAAUACCAGCGGCACGUAGGUCGUCAUCAAGUCGAUUUGGCCCUUUUUGCCCUUCCAGACGUUGAAGAUGACGAUGAGGAACCCGAUGAAGCAAAUGCAGACCAGGAAACCAUAUCUACCCACAGCGGAAGCUAUUCUGAAGCAAGGAGUGACGACAUCUCGCCACGUAGAACGCCGUCACCUACUCCAAGUGGCUUAUUAAAUGCCCAUGAAGAGCCUAUUACUCCUAGGAACGAUACUGGCCCUUGGGUAUUUGAUGGAAGUUCAGAGCGUGUCUCGCAUGAGAGCACAAGAGAAGACGCUAUGGGAAGGGUAGCAUUAGCCGAACAGACAGAAACUAUUACCGAACUUUAUCCAGAAGGACAUGAAGGAGAGAACGUUCCCUCCAAGCUCCGGCCAUCGGAAGACAGCGUGGAGGAGAGGCAGGAUAGUGUGCGGUUUGCCGACGAAAUGGAUGAUAUCGAGGUUAAGGUUAGACACCGAGAUUCGCGGGGGAAUCCACACCGUCUGUCGCCCACAACCAAACCGGUCACCAUCGAACGAGAGAUCAUCACUGAGGAUCAUGAUAUUGACACCACUCACUAUCCAGAUAUUGAUAUCGUUCGCUUUCAAGAUAUUGACCAAGGCAUCACGCGAGCGGAAGGGUCUAAUAUGCGGGACCGUGGAUUGAUCGAUGAACUCGAGAUCAAGCAGCGGCGAGCCAUUGCGAAGCUCACAGCCGACCCCACCAUCUCCGACGACUACGAGCUUGUUCGUGUUAGUAAUGAACUCGAGGAACUUAGACUCCUCGCCAGAGUCGAACUAGAGAAGAAACGCCGCGAACGGAGCGCCAAUGAAGAGCACGAGCUGCGUGAGGCUAAAAGAGAGCUGGACCAAAUCCGUGAGAAAAUUGAGCGUGAAGAGUUAGAGCGUCGUAUUAAGCAGAAGAUAGAACUUGAUCGUUUAAAAAAGGAGGAAGCUGCGCUUGCUGAAAAGAGGCGCCGCGAGCAGGAGGCUGAAGAGGCCGUUGAGGAAUACAAGAAAAAAGAAGCCGAGAGGCUGGAGUACGAGCGCGAGUAUAAGCAGCGCCUCCAGGAAACAUUAUUACAGUCUGGUCUUGAGGAAAAACAGAUAAAUGCGCUUCUCGAGGGGCAGGAAAAUCAGGAAUUGAAGCCAAAAGAUAAGAUCACCAAAGAAGAGAUUCAACGGCCCACAUACACACGUUUUGCCCGACGACAUCUCUCACUCGAGACUCUGCGCGUCCACAAGGUUGACUUUGUAUUGGACGAAGAUCCAGAUUAUGUCUUAGUCAAGCGAUGGGUUCCUGAAGACGAACAAGAUAUCCUCUGGAAGCACACGAGGGUUAUUCGCGAGCAGCGCAACAGCAAGCCUAGUCUACCCAUUCAAGGCGGCGAAAAGAAAUCUGGUGACGGAGAGCACAUCUAACUUGGAUCCAAGUAUGUUCGUCAAAGUGUUGUAAAUAGAGCAAUUACUUGUCCGUCUACCUAAAGCUUUUCCUUCCCUGUCUCUCUGUCUUCUUUUUUUCAAGCGAGGCUAGGUCUGUAGUAACCUUUCUUCUAAAUCUGUAACAGGCAGCUGUUCUUAAAUGCUGUCAUUUGAUUUCUAUCAUUCGCACACAGUAUGCCACCAAAGUUUGAAUGGUACGCUAUAUGACGGCUAUUCAUCAAAAUGUACGCAUUUGUUUCUCGAUGUUUGCAGAAGGAACAAGGUCAAAGAGGGCUAAGUUAUCCAGUUUGCCAUCUCUAUACUUGUUGGUGGUUAGAAGUGUUGAAAUUGAAGGUGCUUGGGUAGGGUUGGUGAUAGCUUCAAGCAGUAGGUGCAGCUAACGGCGUCAUUUUGCAUACUGUAGUUUUGGUAGGCGGCCGUAUAUAAACUGUAUCGGCAGCUGACUUCCAGUUGGAAACACCCGCCAGCUGCAGCUUUAUUGAUGGAUUACCAACUGCAGAUCUGACGCUACUCUUAUUUUCCUUCCCGUGGGGGCCGAAGGGUAGA